AAUCAAUGCCUUAAGUAUCUUUGUAGAGAAAGCAGAACAAGAAAAACAACAAGAGUCAUUAUCGAAAGAUGUGGUCAAAGCAAAGGGCAAAUUAAUUGCAACAAAGUUGCGGAAAAUAUAACGAAGCAGGGUAAAAAAUUACGUGGAAAUCCUAUAAAAAGAAUUCCAGCAACGAGCAAUUUCGUUUACGAAUUUAAUCCAUUUGCCAAUGCCGAACAAUUAAAUUUGUUAACGUCGCAGACUUGUUUACGGUCUACGAGUAAUUUUGAACAAAAAUUACCUUGUGAGAGAACAGAUAUUACGUCAUUCAAUUCAAAUAAUGUGGAAAAUAGGAAAUUGGUGAAACGAAAAUCUGCCGUCUUGCCGAAAUUAAAUUCGCGCGAUACUGAUUUCGUAAAGGAUCAUUCAGAUUGGAAUGCCUCGAAUCCUACCCAGAAUGCUUGUUUGCCAAUACUUGGCAAAGACAAUCCGGCGAAGACAUCGGGUAAACAACGCGACGACGCACACGAGCCAACCGACAUAAAUCAUGAAGUGGAAAAGGUAAAGUCGGCUUGGCAAGCAUUACAAGCGGAAAGGAAUUGGACGAAGAGUAAAGAUUGCAUCGGGAAUGUUCAUACGAAAAAAGUAUACGAAAUAUUGGAAAAGAUGACGUGCGAAAUGGAUAAAAUUCAGAAACGCUAUAUGAAUCCUAAGGCGAAUUAUUACUUGCGUAAAAGCGCGACAAAUGUCCUCAAGGUAGCCAAUAAGCCGAGUUUAAAGGAAGAAGCCGAAAUUGUGCGUAACAUCAUUUUUCCCAAGGGACAAGCAACGAUCGAACCGGAACUGUCUUAUCUGGAAAAUUUCGAUACCGAAAUAAUCGGUAAGGAUAUAGCAAAGCUACGAUUCGGCGAUACCACGGAAAAACAGUUGGCGAAAAAUAUUUCAUUUCCUUCAAAACGUAUCCUAAAAAAUCGAUCUAUACACACUAACGCACACGAACAUAAUAUUGUAUCAAUGGGUAGAAUUGCUUUGGAUACCUGCGAUAAAAAACAAGAUACAACUACAGAUACAAUGGAAUUGGCGUUUGAAAACGACAGCAAGACGAGGAGAAAAAUUAAAUCUUCUAUUGAAAAGUACUUGCAAAAUUAUAGCGACAAUAUUUAUAAAUCGCGCAAUAUCGAAGAAAAAAAAGAAGAGCGUUAUGAAGAUAUAAAAUCAUCAGCAAGUAAUAUUGCGGAUAUUCUUGCGAGUCACAAUAUUGAAUCGCACGGAUUAUUUGAAAAUUUUGAAAAAUAUGACUAUGACUCGGAUGAUUCCAUCAACGAAGGGGAUAAAAAUUUUUCUUGCUCAAAUAUCGCGACUAAUACCACAGAAGAAGUAACAUGCGUUGAUACGAUUCAAGACGAUAAGAGAAUUCGUGAUAAUACAUUCCUUGAAAAUACAGACUCAUAUAAAAACGAUACUCGACCGACAAAUGUCGAUAUGAAAUCUAUCGGUAUUUCGAGAUCAAACCUAGCAAAUCACUCAGAUAACGCCUUCAUUAAAAUGGGAUUUAAUAUUUUAGAAAAAAAUUUAUCGAGAGACAAAUUGUCGCAAAUAUUACAAUCGGAAUACUUGAAAAAGAAUUUUUCUUUAUAAUCCAUGUAUGUGUAUGACGUGUAAUCAGAUAACUCUUUCAUAUUUUUCUGCUUUUAAAAAUAUUU